CCCUGGGUGGGCUGCAGCCAGUGGCUGAAGGCCCCGAGGCGUCUGGGCGCAGGGAACGAGGCGCUGCACGCGCUGACGGCGGCUGGCCCCACGGAGCUGCGGGUGGACCUACGGACGCCGCUGGACGCCGCCUUUGCCCACUACCGGGACUUCGCCGUUGCUGGCCCCGAGGAGCACUACCGCCUCCACCUCGGCGCCUACAGCGGCACCGCCGGGGACGCGAUGUCCUACCAUGCCGGCAGCCCCUUCUCAACGCGGGACCGUGACCCCCGGCGCCGUCCCCGGCCCUGCGCCGUCGCCUACACGGGGGCCUGGUGGUACCGCAACUGCCACUACGCCAACCUCAACGGGCGCUACGGUACCCCCUACGACCAUCAGGGCAUCAACUGGUUUCCCUGGAAAGGUUUCGAGUUCUCCAUCCCCUUCACGGAGAUGAAGCUGCGGCCACAGCACGACUGAGAGCACCCAGAGAGGAGGCAGGGCUGCCAGGGGCAGCGGUGAUGAAGCCUUUAUGGGAGGGGGGGUCAAUAAAAGCUGCGAGCAACCAGCAA